GUAUUUAAGACGCAAUAGCUCCUCUUCAGGACCAUGGCUGAUUACUUGAAGAAGACCGUAAACAUAACUGUUGGUGGAACACUUCAAGCUCACUAAUACCAUUCUUCUGCCUUCAUUUCAAGUCCGUGUACGCUUUAAGGAGAGACAAACCGAGCCCAGUUAUCGUUGUUGACAUAAUGGCUGCCAUGGAGUCCAACGUGCCCAUUGCCAUCAUUGGUAUGAGCUGCAGGUUUGCAGGUGGUGCCAGCGAUCCUGAGAAGCUUUGGAAGCUCUGCGCAGAGGGUCGAAGUGCUUGGAGUGAGAUCCCAGCCGACAGGUUCAACCUCGACGGAGUCUACCACCCGAAUAAUCUGAAGCCCAACACGACAAAUGUGCGCGGAGGACACUUUCUGACCGAGGACAUCGCCCUGUUUGAUGCCGCCUUCUUCAACCUCUCAUCUGAGGCAGCUGCUAGCUUGGAUCCCCAGUUUCGACUCCAGAUGGAAUCAACAUACGAGGCGCUAGAGAGUGCCGGAAUUACACUACAGGAUGUCGCCGGUUCCAACACGUCGGUCUUUGCUGGCGCCUUCUUUCGAGACUACCACGACAGCCACAUGCGGGACCCGGAAACCCUUCCUCGAUUCCUCCUCAUGGGCACCGGCUCUGCCAUGGCCUCUAACCGCAUAUCCCACUUCUACGACCUACGGGGGCCCAGCAUGACGGUCGACACUGGCUGCUCUACUACUCUCACGGCUGCCCACCAAGCCUGCCAAAGCCUCCGGACAGGGGAGUCGGACAUGUCGAUCGUGGGAGGGGCCAAUGUGAUGCUGAAUCCCGACAUGUUCAUCUCCAUGUCAUCACUAGGCCUUCUUUCGCCCGACGGAAAGUCGUACACCUUCGACAGCCGUGCUAACGGAUAUGGCCGAGGCGAAGGAGUGGCUACUGUCAUAUUCAAGCGCCUGGACGAUGCAAUCCGCGAUGGCGACCCCAUCCGAGCUGUCGUUCGCGAAAGCGGCGUGAACCAAGAUGGCAAGACGGAAACCAUCACCUCGCCUAGCCAGGAGGCUCAGGAGGAGCUCAUCCGCGAGUGUUACAGGAAAGCCGGCCUUGAUCCGCUGCAGACGGCAUACUUCGAGGCCCACGGGACGGGGACGUUUACUGGUGACCCCAUUGAGGUCAAGGCCAUCGCUUCCGUCUUUGAGAAGAACAGGCCUGCGGAUGCGCCUCUCAGGAUCGGGUCAAUCAAGACCAACAUUGGCCACACCGAACCGACGAGUGGGCUGGCAAGCAUCAUCAAAGUCGCUCUCGCUCUGGAAAAAGGGCAGGUGCCUCCCAGCAUCAACUUUGAGAAGCCGAACGAGAAGCUCAAUCUCGAGGAGUGGAAGCUCAAGGUUCCAUUGCAGCUCGAGCCCUGGCCAACAUCGACAGGCUUGCGGCGAGCGUCGGUCAACAAUUUCGGCUACGGUGGUGCAAAUGCCCAUAUCAUCAUGGAAGACUACGUCGCCCCCGGUUCCGCCGCUCAUCAUGGGGCUUCCAACGGCAUGUCGAACGGGGGGUCGAACGGGACACACAAUCGCCCCGGGAAGGUUGGCUCCAAGCUGAUCAUGCUGAGCGCAAAAGACGAGCAAGCUGCUCAGGUUAUGGCGUCCAACUUGAAGGACUACCUCCUCGAGACCAAGGUCGAAGACGAGGAGAGAUUCUUGGACAGCCUGGCCUACACCCUCGGCCAGCGGCGCACCGUCUUCCCAUGGGUUGCGGCCCAUUCGGCCCAGAGCAUAUCGGGAUUGGUCAACGCGAUUGACGCUGGCAAGAUGAAGCCUGCUCGGACAGGCGAGCGGCCCAGGCUCGGGUUUGUCUUCACCGGACAAGGAGCGCAGUGGCACGCUAUGGGUCGGGAAUUGAUCGAGGCGUAUCCCAUCUUCAAGACAUCUCUUAUGGAGAUUGAGUACCACUUGAAGGAGCUCGGAGCGACGUGGUCGCUGAUAGAGGAGCUUAUGCGAGACGAGAGCACCAGCAAGGUGAACCAGGUGACGAUGAGCAUGCCUCUCUGCGUCGCCCUCCAGAUCUCCCUGGUCGAACUCCUCCGCUCCUGGGGAAUAGAGCCGACCGCCGUCACGAGCCACUCCAGCGGCGAGAUUGCGGCAGCGUACACGGCGGGAGCCCUGAGCCUCAAGGCCGCCAUGGCGAUCGUCUUUGCUCGCGGCGAACUGGCCGCGGAUGUUGGCCGCUACAUCACGAGCAAAGGUGGCAUGGUAGCCGUCGGGCUGAGCAAGGAAGGCUUGGAACCCUACUUCGCCCGCGUGACUUCCGGCACAGUCAUGUCGGCGUGCAUGAACAGUCCCACCAGCAUCACCGUGUCUGGCGAUCUCCCGGCGAUUGCGGAGCUGGAGGAGAUGCUCAAGGAAGACAAGGUCUUUGCAAGGCGCCUCAAGGUCGAUGCUGCAUACCACUCGCACCACAUGCAGCCCAUUGCCGACCCAUACCAGGCCUGGCUUGAGAAACUUGUCAAGCCAGAUGGCGUACUCGAGGACGUCAUCUACUCAUCUCCAACUACUGGGACGAGGAUGUUGUCGGCCGAGGAGAUUGGGAGCCCAAUGCACUGGGUAAGGAGCAUGACCCAGCCAGUCCAAUUCGUGGAUGCAUUCCGCAAUAUGUGCUUCGGCGACCCUUCGGCCACCACCCAACCGGAUGUCGACGUGAUUGUUGAAGUUGGGCCUCACGGCGCCCUUUCUGGGCCAAUCACGGAGAUCUUAGGACUGCCAGAGUUCAGCGGCAGCAAGAUCUCGUACAACACGUGUCUGGUGAGGAAGAGCAGCGCUCUGGAUACGAUGCAUGCCUUGGCGUGCGACCUGCUGCGGAAGGGAUACCCUAUCAACAUGAGCUCCAUCAACUUCCCCCUUGGGAGGCACGGAGUCAGAGUGUUGCCUGACCUGCCCCCUUACCCCUGGAACCACCAGAUGAGGCACUGGUCGGAACCUCGUUUCAACAAGGCUCACAGGCAGCGGAACGAAGAGCCCCAUGAUCUCCUCGGGUCUCUCGUUCUGGGGACCAACAACCUGGAGCCCUCGUGGAGACAUGUGAUACGCCCGUCGGAGCUCCCGUGGGUCCGAGACCACAUCGUCCAGGGAAACAUUGUGUAUCCCGGCGCGGGAUUCAUCAGCCUAGCGAUAGAGGCAGCGCUCCAAUCCUCCAAGGCAACCGAUAAGCGGAUACUGGGCUACAAUCUUCGUGAUGUGGAUAUUCGACAGGCCCUGAUCGUCCCCGACACCGCAGAGGGAGUUGAGGUGCAAACAUUGCUCCGGCCAUGCAAUGACAAGGCCAUCUAUGCCAAGGGCUGGAAAGAGUUCCACGUCUACUCGGUCAACGGAGAUAACCAGUGGACCGAGCACUGCAAAGGCCUCAUUUCAGUCGAUCUGGUGGCCGCGGGUGCCGACCACGCCAAGCCGAGUGUCCCCUCAGCAAAGGCCAGAGGAGAUGCCGACUACAGAAGGCGGAUCGACCCGCGAGACAUCUACGGGGGCAUGCGCGCCGUGGGGAUCUACCACGGGCCCAUCUUCCAGAACCUGAAGAGCAUCCGGGCCGGCCAGCAGCAAUCUGUUUCCACCUUCGAGGUCGCCGACACGGCCUCGGUGAUGCCGCAUAACCACCAGCACGAGCACGUGCUCCACCCGACGACGCUCGACUCGGUCUUCCAGGCGGCAUACACGGCUCUCCCGGGUGCUGCGUCGAGGCAGACCAACCCCAGGAUCCCGCGGACCAUCAAGAAACUGUGGGUGUCGCACAGCAUCAGCAGCCAGGCCGGCCAUUCCCUGCGCGCAUACUCGGACAUCAGCCGGCAGGAUUCGCAGAGCUUCCAGGCCGAGAUCGCGGUCGUCAGCGAUGCGGCGGGAGUCGGCGAGAGCGAACCCGUCCUGGUCCUCGACGGGUUCGUGUGCCAGUCCAUCGGCAACGUGCUGAACCAGGACCAAGACCCGCACGAGGGCGAGAAGUUUAGCACCGUCAAGUGGGCGCCCGACAUCUCGUUCGCGAAGCCCGCGUUCCUGAAGAAGGAGCUCGGCUACGGCAUCGACCCGUCCGAGGCAGAGACCAUCAUGGACCUGAGGCGCGUGUGCUGCUACUUCAUCAAUGACGCGCUCGCCUCGCUGACGGCUUCCGACGUGGCCGGGCUCGAGUGGCACCACAAGAAGUUCUACGUCUGGAUGAAGCUCCAGACCGAGCUGGCCAGCCGCGACCAGCUGGCUCCACACAGCUCGGCCUGGAUCCGCGACGGUGCCGAGUACAAGGCCGCCCUCAUCGCCAAGGCCGCCGCCGAGAGCGUCAACGGCGAGAUGGUGUGCCGCCUGGGCCCGCACAUCGUCAAGAUGCUGAGGCGCGAGACGACGCCGCUGGAGCUGAUGCUCGAGGACAAGCUGUUGUACAAGUACUACGUCAAGGCGCUCAAGUGGGACCGGUCGAGCCAGCAGAUGGGCGAUCUGGUCGGGCGGUUCGCGCACAAGAACCCGCGGGCUAGGAUCCUCGAGAUCGGCGCUGGCACCGGCGGAACUACGACGUAUAUCCUGAACGCGCUGGGCAAGGAUGACUCGGGAUACGGCCCGCUGGCUGAGCAGUACCACUUCACCGACAUCUCGUCGGGCUUCUUCGAGGCUGCGAAGGAGAAGUUCAAGGAUUGGGAGGGGUUGAUGAGAUACAAGAAGCUUGAUAUCGAGCAGGACCCUGUCAAGCAGGGAUUCGAGACCGGGUCGUAUGACUUGAUCAUUGCCUGCCAGGUCUUGCACGCCACGAAGUCCAUGGAUCACACAAUGUCGAAUGUGCGCAGCUUGUUGAAGCCUGGUGGGAAGCUGUUUAUCACGGAAACCACGCAGGAUCAGCUGGAUCUGCAGUUUGUAUUUGGUUUGCUUCCUGGGUGGUGGCUAAGCGAGGAGGAGGAGCGAAAGUUCAGUCCUUCGCUGUCGAUCAACAUGUGGGACCGAGUCCUGCAAACGACAGGGUUUACCGGUGUCGAGAUGGAAGUCCACGACUGCGAAAGCGAGGAGCUGUACUCGUUCAGCGUCAUUAUGUCGACCGCCAGACCGAGCACCCCGAACUACUUCACCGACGUUGUCCUGGUCACUGGGAACACGCCUCCUCCCGCUGCUUGGCUGGACGAGCUCAGAAUCUCGAUUACCGUGCUUACAGGCGUCGUGCCCACGGUCGAGCCGCUCGAGCAAGUCAAAGCCGACGGAAGACUGUGCAUCUUCGUGGGCGAGGUUGAACAACCCAUACUUGAGAACCCAGAUGCGGCACAGUUUGCCGCCAUCAAAGCCCUCUGCACGCAAUCCAAGGGCCUGCUGUGGGUCACGCGAGGCGGUGCCGUGGACUGCGAAGACCCCAACUCCAGCCUCAGCGUGGGCUUCCUCCGCUCCCUGAGGAUGGAAUAUAGCGGCAAGCGGCUGGUGUCUCUGGAUCUCGACCCGAAGCAGGACCCGUGGUCCAGCCAGUCUGCCGCGGGCGUCCUCGAUAUCUUCAGAAAGGUGUUCGACUACUCCACCGACGUCCACCAUGCAGACUUCGAGUUUGCUCUUCGCGACGAUGUCGUGCAUAUCCCCAGACUCUACAAAGAUGUCGCCCGGAACAAGGCAAUCUCCAACGAAGAGGUCACCCACGCCGACUCCCAGCUCGAGCCCUUCCACCAGAAGGAUCGCCCGCUCCGCAUGGACAUUGGCUCGCCCGGUCUCCUGGACACACUCGCCUUCAGCGACGACCCCGACGCGGCACAGGAUCUCCACCCAGACUUCCUCGAAGUCGAGCCGCGGGCCUUCGGCCUCAACUUCCGCGACGUCAUGGUGGCGAUGGGCCAGCUGAACGAGCGCACCAUGGGCUUCGAGUGCUCGGGCGUCGUCACGCGCGUCGGGCCCGGCGCCGCGUCGCGCGGAUUCGCAGUCGGCGACCGCGUGGCUGCCGCGCUGCGGGGCCACUACGCGACCCUCGUCCGCCUGCACUGGACGGGCGCCGUGCACAUCCCCGACGAUGUCGGCUUCGAGAUUGCGGCGUCCCUGCCUAUGGUCUAUGCUACGGCCUACUACUCCCUCUACGACACCGCUAGGCUGCAGGCCGGGGAGACGGUGCUGAUCCACGCCGCGACGGGUGGUGUUGGGCAGGCGGCAAUCAUGCUGGCGAAACAUGUCGGCGCAGAGGUGUUUGUCACGGUGGGGACGGAUGAGAAGAGGGAGUUUGUCAUGAGCAGAUACGGCAUCCCGGCAGACCACGUCUUCUCCAGCCGUAACACUUCUUUCGUUGCCGAUGUGCUCGCCAUGACCAACGGGCGGGGUGUCGACGUGGUGCUGAACUCCCUGGCCGGCGUGCUCCUCCAGGAGAGCUUCAACUGCAUCGCUCCCUUCGGGCGGUUCGUCGAGAUUGGCAAGCGCGACCUCGAGCAGAACAGCAGCCUCGAGAUGGGCGCGUUUACUCGCGCCGUCUCCUUCUCGUCGAUCGACUUGCUCGCGCUCGGGAGGCUCAAGGGCGGCGAACUCAACCGCGUAUUGAAAGACACCAUGCGCCUCGUCGGGGAGAAGGCCAUUAGCCCCGUCGAGCCGGUUACUGUUUACCCUCUGUCGGACAUUGAGAAGGGCUUCCGGCUCAUGCAGGCCGGCAAACACAUGGGCAAGAUUGUCAUCUCGGUCAAGCCCGAGGAUCAAGUGCCGACACUGCCACGCAAUCUCUCAGCAAGACUCCGCCCCGACGCGUCCUACCUCAUCGUGGGCGGUCUCGGCGGCAUCGGGCGAUCCGUGUGCUACUGGAUGGCCGACCACGGGGCGAAGAACCUGAUCGUCCUGUCCCGAAGCGCGUCGGCGGCACGGGAGACCGCCGGGUCAUUCUUCGCCGAGAUGGACAGGCUCGGAUGCAAGGUCCGGGCGAUUGGCUGCAACAUUGCUGACGAGUCCAACCUCCACGACUCGCUUGCGGCCUGCGCGGGUGACAUGCCGCCCAUUAGGGGCGUCAUCCAGGCUGCAAUGGUACUCCAGGACUCCAUCCUAGAGCAAAUGACCCUUGACGACUACCUCACGGCGAUCGGGCCCAAGGUGUAUGGCAGCUGGAACCUCCACCGCCAGCUAGGCCAGGGUCCCCAAGAUCUCGACUUCUUCGUCAUGCUCUCCUCGCUUGCCGGAAUCGUCGGAUACACCAGCCAAAGCAACUACUCGGCGGGCGGCACCUUCCAGGACGCCCUCGCCAGGUACCGCACGACGCAGGGCCUGCCCGCGGUGGCGAUCGACCUCGGAAUGGUCAAGUCGGUGGGCUACGUGUCGCAGAACGACGGGGCGGCAGAGCGCAUGAAAAAGCAGGGCCACAUGGCGCUCAGCGAGGACGAUGUGCUGGCGGCCAUCGAGCAGGCCAUCGCGUCGCCUCGCUCGACGCAGCUGCUGUUCGGCCUCAACACGGGCCCCGGCCCACACUGGGAGGACUCCCCGAUGGCGCGGGAUCUGCGCUUCGCGAGCCUGAGGUACCGUCAGGCUGCGCAGGGCAGCGGUGCGGGGGCGGGAGCUAGCGCGGGUAAGUCUAGCUCGGCCGAUCUUGGGGCCAAGAUCGCCGCGGCGGCGACGCUGGAAGAGGCGGUGGACGUGGUGCUCCAGGGGAUAUCCAAGAAGCUGAUGGAUAUCUUCAUGAUCGCCGAGGACGAGGUCGUGCCAUCCAAGUCGCCCGCUGAUUUCGGCGUCGAUUCGCUGGUCGCCGUCGAGCUGCGCAACAUGCUGGCACUGAGAGCUGGGGCGGAGAUCUCCAUCUUCGAUAUCGUGCAGAGCGAGUCCCUCACGGCUCUUGCCACUCUGGUCACGUCUAAGAGCAGCCACCUCGGUGAGGGGACAGUGUAAGCAGUGCUAAUUAGAUAAUUAGACGGGAUAUAAUUACGAGCAGAGGUUAGUGAGGUUCAACAGAGCUGAGACACAUGGGCUGGGAAAUGAACUAGGUAGAUCUGUGCAGCUCAAGUAUGGAACACGGCUACAAGGCCCUUUAAUCGGUUGCUGCCACCAGGGCGAAAUAAAGUACCGGGGCGGUACAUGUGAAUCCCAGUCUCAUCAGCGUGCCUAGCACGCCUAGAUAGGGCAAGAUUUCCAAGGUGCCGUCUCAAGAUGACAGCUGAGGCUCGAAUGCAGGAC